CUACCUCUCAGACCUCACCCAAUUCUAACCGUUCAAUCUAACACACACGCUUCUCUCUCUCCCUCAAUGGCCACCGCGCCUGCUCUCUCCGGCACCGUCUUCAGCACUUCCUUCCUCCGGCGACAGCCUUCGGCGGUGAGCCUCCGCGCCUUCCCUCAAGUCAACCAGGCUCUGUUCGGAGUGAAGGACACCGGAAGAAUUACGGCCAUGGCGACUUACAAGGUCAAGCUCCUAACCCCCGAGGGACCUCAGGAGUUCGAUUGCCCCGACGACGCCUACAUUCUGGACGCGGCCGAGGAUCUCGGAAUCGACCUUCCAUACUCUUGCCGGGCCGGAUCGUGCUCUUCCUGCGCCGCCAAGGUGGUGGAAGGCAAAGUCGACCAGUCCGACGGCAGUUUCCUGGACGACGACCAAAUCGACGAAGGAUUCGUCCUCACCUGCGUCGCCUACCCUCAGUCUAAUGUCGUCAUCGCGACUCACAAGGAGGAGGAGCUCACCGGUUAAGCUGGAACUAUUUGAUGGUUAAUCGAUUAUUGCGUCUCUGUUAUAUGUUCUUCCUGGUGUUUGAUGAUGACGAUGCUUCUUCUUUUUGUUUAAUUUGUGUUUCUGAAGAAGAAUCUAGUGACUUGCUUCUCUUCCGGUAGAAGAAGCAAGUGAAAUUGUUGCAACUUUAAUAAUGUUUUUCGCUUACUUAAUUUAAUUUUCUCAUCGCCUUCAUUCA